AUGGCCUUGAACACUUCUGGGCAUGAGGCAUCCACAAUUUCUCUGGGGCAGGUGCUUCAGACCCCUGAUCAUCUUCAUGGCCCUCCUCUGGACCCACUUGAGCAGCUCUAUGUCUUUCUUAUGCUGGGUGCCCCACAGCUCAAUGCAGUACUCCAGGUGGGGUCUUAUAAGAGUGGAGUAGAAUGGGAGAAUCACCUCCCUCAACGUGCUGGCCACGCUUGCCUUGAUGCAGCCCAGGGUGCUAUUGGCUUUCUGGGCUGCAAACACACAUUGCUGGUUGAUAGUCAUUUUUUCAUCCAUCAUUACCCCCAAAUCCUUCUGCUCAGGGAUGCUCUUAAUCCGUUCUCCACCCAGCCUAUAUUUGUGCUUGGAAUUGCCCUGACCCAUGUGCAGGUUCUUGCACUUGGCCCUGUUGAACUUCAUGAAGUUCACGUGGGCCUACCCUUCAAGCCUGUCAAGGUCCCUCUGGAUAGUAUCCCACCCCUCCAGUGUGUUGACUGCACCACACAGCUUGGUGUUGUCAUCAAACAUGCUGAGAGUGCUCUCAAUCCCACUGUCCAUGUUGCUGACAAAGAUGAUGAGAGCACAUGGCACCUCUCUUCUCUCCUAAAAACGUACACCUACAUUGGCCAAUUUGGAAUGAUGGGAGAUCAUACAAUUAAAAGUCAGCGACCUCGAUCUGUUCAUGAGAAAAGGGUCCCUCAGGAACAAGCUGAUGCUGCUAAAUUUAUGGCACAAACUGGUGAAUCUGGUGUUGAAGAGUGGGCCCAGUGGAGUACGUGUUCAGUUACUUGUGGUCAAGGGUCGCAGGUGCGAACCAGAACUUGUGUAUCACCUUACGGGACACACUGCAGCGGCCCUUUAAGAGAAUCAAGGGUUUGCAAUAACACUGCCCUCUGUCCAGUACAUGGCGUUUGGGAGGAAUGGUCACCUUGGAGUUUGUGUUCAUUCACAUGUGGUCGAGGCCAAAGAACUAGGACAAGGUCAUGUAUACCUCCCCAGUAUGGGGGAAGAUCAUGUGACGGACCUGAAACACAACACAAACCUUGCAAUAUUGCACUCUGUCCUGUGGACGGACAGUGGCAGGAGUGGAGCUCAUGGAGCCAGUGCUCGGUGACCUGCUCCAACGGCACCCAGCAGCGGAGCCGGCAGUGCACGGCCGCGGCCCACGGCGGCUCCGAGUGCAGAGGCCCCUGGGCCGAGAGCAGGGAGUGCUCUAACCCCGAGUGCACCGCAAAUGGCCAGUGGAACCAGUGGGGACACUGGAGUGGCUGCUCCAAAUCCUGCGAUGGUGGCUGGGAGAGGCGGAUAAGGAUCUGCCAAGGUGCUGCUGUGACAGGGCAACAGUGUGAAGGAACCGGAGAGGAAGUUAGACGCUGCAGUGAACAAAGGUGUCCUGGGCUAGCUAAGGAUCAAGGAAAGGAACUUCUGGGUGGGAAGCUGACAAGGCAAAGAAAAGGGGCUUACGAAGCCGUGUAUGAGUGGUGUGGCCCAAGGGAGGAAUGGCACUUCUGCUGGGAAGCUGAGCUUUCUGGUAAAGUAGGUUCUGAUACUUAUUUUGUUCUUCUAAUGCAGAUUAAAGAGCAUCUCGCCAAGGGACAGAGGAUGUUGGCUGGUGAUGGCAUGUCCCAAGUAACCAAGACACUAUUGGAUUUAACUCAGAGGAAGAACUUUUAUGCAGGAGACCUUCUUAUUUCUGUGGAAAUUCUCAGGAAUGUUACAGACACAUUUAAAAGAGCAAGUUAUAUCCCUGCAUCUGAUGGGGUGCAGAACUUCUUUCAAAUCAUUAGUAACCUCUUAGAUGAAGAAAACAAAGAGAAAUGGGAAGAUGCACAACAGAUCUAUCCAGGCUCGGUGGAGUUAAUGCAGGUGAUUGAAGACUUUAUACACAUUGUUGGAAUGGGAAUGAUGGACUUUCAGAAUUCAUACCUAAUGACUGGAAAUGUAG